AUGGCUAAGGGAGUGUAUAUCUCUAAGGCCGUGGCUAUUGCCACUGCAGUGUUGACAGUGUCUGCCGUUUGCGGCAUUGUCGGCAUGAUUGUCCUGUACCAGAUACAGGUGAAAAUAAAUCCACCGGUGCGACCAACAACUCCAAUUCCGACGAUGACGAUUCCGACAGGUCCGCCACCAACUCUGAGACUUCCUGACAGUUUGAUUCCGCUCAGCUACCAAGUUUUUCUUCAACCCUACCUCUACACAAGGUUGUCUAAUGGCACCGAGCAAGAUUAUGUUUUUAAAGGAAACUCAACAGUAAGAUUACAAUGUGUUAAAAAUACCAGGAGUAUCUUCCUUCACGCUUUCAACCUUUCGAUCAGUGAAGUUGCGGUCACCCAUUCCUUCACGGGUGAAAGUCUGAAAGUUGAGAGAUACAAAGUGCACAACAACGACUCAAAUUUUUUUGAGAUCCAGCUUAAGGAUGUGUUGGUAGGAAAUGGAAGCUGUUAUGAUCUUUUUACUAAAUUUGAAGGAGAACUUGGUGAAUGGACCGGCCUGUAUGCCAGCUAUUACACCGAGAAAACAGAUGAAGAUGAAGAUGAGAUGAGAUUUCUUGUAGCAAGCCAGAUGGAGCCCAUACAUGCCAGAGAAGUAUUUCCUUGCUUUGAUGAGCCAGCUUUGAAAGCAGUUUUUAAUAUCACUAUUAUUCACAGGCAUGGCUCUACAGCUCUGUCUAAUGGUCAGCCAGAUGACAGAAUCGUGGACAUAGAUGGAGAGCAAUGGAUUGUUACUACGUUCAGCCCUACACCUUUAAUGUCAACAUAUCUCUUGGGUUUCACUGUACAUCAAUUUGCCUUUCAGACAAAUGAAUAUGAUAAAAAGCCAAUCAUGACAUGGGCCCGACCUGAAGCUGUGAAAGCUAGACAUGCUGAGUAUGCAUCUGAAAUCACUGUGAAGAUUCUGAGAUACUUUGAGAACCUGUUUAAAAUUAAAUAUUCAUUAAAUAAAUUAGAUCAGAUCGCCGUGCCAGAUUUCCAUUCAGGUGGUAUGGAAAACUGGGGUGUGACAAUGUAUCGUGAACCGAGUUUACUGUUCGAUAACGAAGAAUCGUCUAUAAAGAAUAAAGAAUGGGUUGCCUCUGUGACGGCUCAUGAGCUGGCUCAUCAGUGGCUUGGCAACCUUGUCACAAUGAAAUGGUGGAAUAACCUUUGGUUGAAGGAGGGAUUUGCAACAUACCUGUCGUAUCUUGCAGUGGAUGCUGUUGAACCCCAAUGGAAUAUAAGAGAUCUAAUGGUGCUACAAGAACUCCAGCCAUCCUUGGAAGAGGAUUCUUUGAACACUUCACGCCCUCUCAGCUUUAGUGAGACAGAAGUUGAGACUCCAUCUGAAAUCAUGUACAUGUUUAACACCAUCACAUACAGCAAGGGUGCAGCAGUGCUGAGAAUGCUUUCUGCUUACAUGGGGGAGACUAAUUUUUUGGAAGGCCUUCAGAUCUAUCUCACGUUUUAUCAGUACAACAGUAGUGAGAAUGAAGACCUGUGGUCAUGCAUGCAAAAGGCUACACAUAAGGAUGUGGCAGGUGUUAUGAAGCCAUGGACAGUGCAAGAGGGCUACCCAGUCAUCAGCAUAAACAUCAGUAAUGGAGAGAUUUCUCAGGAGCAGUUCCUUUUAAACCGAGAAGAGGACACGGGAAUUGAAUGGCAGGUUCCAAUUUACUACAUGAAAUCUAAUAAAGCACCAACAGAAGAUUUACUGAAAGAAAAAGGGCCAGUUCGAAAGCCUGUUUACAUAAUCAAAGACGAUGCUUGGCUGCUUGCUAAUAUAAAUUUCACUGGUUAUUACCGAGUCAACUAUGAUAAAGUGAACUGGAAUAGACUUCUUAAUCAACUGAAUAACAAUCAUCAUGCUAUCCCGCAUAUCAGUCGAGGCCAGUUAAUUGAUGAUGCAUUUAAUCUUGCUAGGGCCAAUUAUAUCAACGUCACACUGGCACUGAACACGACCAAGUAUCUGAUAAAGGAAACUGAGUAUGUACCAUGGGAGUUUGCUCUGCUAAACCUAAAAUACUUCACCUACAUGUUCGAUCGCUCCGAGGUCUAUGGCCCUAUGCAGAGAUAUUUACGAAAGCAAGUUAAGCCUCUCUAUGAGUACUUUCAAAACAACACUGUGAAUGCAAGCAUUUCAGAGAACCUUGCUGAGCAGUAUAAUCAGAAGAACGCAAUUUCAACUGCAUGCACCAAUGGACUUCCUGAGUGCAUAGAAAUGGCAAGACAACUCUUUGAUGACUGGAAAAAUGGCACAAAGAUUCCACCCAACCUAAGGUCCACCAUCUUUUGCGAAGGCAUUGCAGCUGGAGAUGAGGAUGACUGGGAUUUCGCGUGGCAAAAAUUCGAAGAAGCCACAAUUGCCACUGAGAAGGAUGAACUGAGAUAUGCGCUCUCCUGCACUAAGAUAAUCUGGCUCUUAAACAGAUACCUCGAAUACACUCUAGACCCUAGCAAGAUAAGGAAGAUACAUAUGGUGUCAACUAUAAGUUACAUUGCCAACAACGUAGCUGGACAAGCUCUUGCCUGGGAUUUUGUUCGUGCCCACUGGAUGCACAUAAGCGAUGAGUACGGAGAUGACUCACUUUCCAUUGGUUAUUUAAUUGAGGAUGUGUCUAAAAGGUUCUCCACAGCCUUUGACCUACACCAGCUGAGGCAGUUCCAAGUCGAAUAUGAAGAACAAUACGACGGACCCGGGCCGGCCACGCCGUCUCUGGAGUAUGCCAUGAAGAGGACAGAGGCCAACAUUAAGUGGGUAAAAGAGAAGAAACAGACUGUGUUGAACUGGUUUAAAGAUGAGUCAGGUCCACUGAGCUUUCACAGCUCUGCAUAGCCCUGAGUGUGCACAGCGCAGCCAGAACAAUGAGAACCAGAUGUAUAGCCAUGGAGACAAUGUUCUGUGUUACACAAUACGCAACAACUCAGUUUCACAAGGAAAUCUUAAUAUGAUUAAUCCUAAAGGAGACCGAAUGCAUUUAAUAAUGGAAAACUCCCACAAAAGCUUGGACACCCGUGGUCAAAUUCCAUUCUUUGUUUUUUUUAUAAUAAGUGAACACAUGCUCUACGGGAAACUAAU